AUGUCUGAUAGCAGUAGUAGUAGUAGUAGUAGUAGUAGUAGUAGUAGUAGUAGUAGUAAGAAGAGGAGAGUGGAAUACAAAUGCCAUUACUGCGACAAAUCCUACAGAAAACCAAGCAAGGUUGCAGAGCAUGAGCGUUCUCAUACAGGCGAGCGACCUUUUGUAUGCACUUUUGCUGGCUGCGAUAAAGCGUAUUUUCGAUCUAGUCAUUUAGCAGUGCAUUCGAAAUCACAUUCAAAUAUCAAGGAUUUCCAUUGUUCGUUUGAAAACUGUACAGCUUCGUUUGCCACAAAGCAGCAUUUACAACGUCAUGAAAAGGGACAUGUCUCUCCCAAUGUCAAGUGCGAUUAUCCAGGAUGCACAGCUGAAUUUCCAAAACGUUUUCAAUUAAGAUGGCAUAGAGCAUCUCAUGAAAAAGGCACACAUGUGUGCAGUGAAUGCUCAGCAGCAUUUGAUUCAUUGCCAGCAUUGGAAAAGCACAUCAGCAGAGUUCACGAAAAUCCCAUCUUGUACGAUUGCAGUACCUGCCAACAGUCAUUCAAAAAGUGGUCUGAUUUACGAAAGCAUGUUCAAAGCGACCAUCCAUUCAUCUGCUCGGUGUGCGACAAAGUAUAUACCAAAUCAUCCAAUUUGCGAGUCCAUAUCAAAGAGAAACACACAAACGAAACAGCCAUUACAUGCGAAUGGCCAGGUUGUGCAUCCGUGUUGCAGAAUAAACGAAGCUAUAAGACGCAUGUAGCAUUGGUACAUGAACAAGAUACUCGCUUUAAAUGCGACGUCUGCAACAAAGGGUUUCCAUAUAAAUCCAUGCUGGAAAGACACAAAGGAUCCCACACACCGAAAUCACGAUCUGUAUCCGCAUCACCACGACCCAAGAAAUCAAUCGCUGAACAGCUUACGGGCUAUAAUCACUACGCCAAUAGUGCCAAAAAACUGGAAUGUCCAAUUGCAGAAUGUCAAUUCAAGUUUACAAAUACGUAUUUAUUGAAACGACAUUUGGAGGGCAGUAAACACAAGGAUGAUAUCAGGUCGUUUGAGCUGGCUAAAACUGAGCCAACAAUCAAUGCUGCUUGA